AUUUUCAACCCUCACAUUCAGAACCGGCUGCUGUCAUCUGGGCCUCCUGUCAGCCUUAGAACCUGCAGCGCAUUAUUUGACAAGGGCAGGGGCGCAGAGGGUUGUGAUGACUUUCAAACUGCAUGGUGCCAAAACAUCAUCGUCAGAGCCUCCAAUCGCUCCACCUGUGUCAGAAGAAGAGGAUGAGGAAGAAGAGGAAGAGGAGGAAGAAGAGGAAGAAGAGGAAGACGACGACGAACUGCCCCCGGUCGUCGCACCUCGGCCCGAACACACCAAAUCUAUCUACACGCGCUCCGUCUUGGAGCCCAAGCCCCCGACCCCCGUGAAGGAAGUGGUGACUCCCCCAGAGUCGCUGGUCCAGCCCGACAACACGAUGUACCGCCACACUGACCGCCAGAGGAAGAAGUCCAAAAUGACAGAUGAGGAGAUUCUGGAGAGACUCAGGAGUAUUGUGAGCGUGGGGGAUCCCAAAAAGAAGUACACACGCUUCGAGAAAAUAGGACAGGGAGCGUCCGGCACUGUGUACACUGCUAUCGACAUAGCAACUGGCCAAGAGGUGGCCAUCAAGCAGAUGAACCUGCAGCAGCAGCCCAAGAAAGAGCUGAUCAUCAAUGAGAUCCUGGUGAUGAGGGAAAACAAAAACUCCAAUAUAGUGAACUACCUGGACAGUUACCUGGUAGGAGAUGAGCUAUGGGUGGUGAUGGAGUAUUUGGCCGGUGGCUCGCUGACAGAUGUAGUGACUGAGACCUGCAUGGACGAGGGCCAGAUAGCUGCAGUCUGCAGAGAGUGUCUUCAAGCCCUGGAUUUCCUACACUCCAACCAGGUGAUCCACAGAGAUAUAAAAAGUGACAACAUCCUCUUGGGAAUGGACGGAUCCGUCAAGCUCACCGACUUCGGCUUCUGCGCUCAGAUCACUCCGGAGCAGAACAAGCGCAGCACGAUGGUGGGAACGCCCUACUGGAUGGCCCCGGAGGUGGUGACUCGGAAGGCUUAUGGCCCGAAAGUCGAUAUCUGGUCUCUGGGGAUCAUGGCCAUAGAGAUGGUGGAGGGAGAGCCGCCCUACCUGAAUGAGAAUCCACUCAGGGCGCUGUACCUGAUAGCUACCAACGGGACCCCCGAGCUGCAGAACCCAGAGAGGCUCUCCUCGGUGUUCAGAGACUUCCUCAACCGCUGUCUGGAGAUGGAUGUGGACCGCAGAGGCUCUGCCAAGGAGCUGCUCCAGCAUUCCUUCCUCAAGCUGGCGAAGCCUCUGUCCAGCCUCACGCCUCUGAUUGUAGCUGCGAAGGAAGCCAUAAAGAACAGCAGUCGCUAGUGCUUGCCCUCUGUCCCCACCCGAGGCUGGAGCCCUGCCUGGGAUGUGUGCGUUUCAUGGGGGGCAGGGGCUUGGGUGUAUGGGUGGUGGGUGACGUGACAGCACAAGGAUGGGGGGUUUUGUGUGACUUACCGUGACAGCACGAGGACAAAAGACCCCCAGGCCUCAGACGUAGGACGGACAUCUGGCCUUGAAGCUCUCGGCCCAACGCUGCUGAAAAGACCUUGCCUCCUUGUUUACUUCUCCAGCACUCUGUACAUGUAGAGCAGUCCAUCACAAGUGUGUGUGUGUGUGUGUCUGAGUGCGUGUGUGUGUGUGUGUGUGUGUGUGGGUACCAAUUGUGCACAUCUGUUUAUGUCAUAUGUCUUGUUUGGCAGCACUUGCUCCCGAAACCAAGAUAAUACGGUGAACAAAUCCAAAAGAACAAGCUCGUUUUCAAGAAGUAACUUCCGGAGCGGAGACUGGGAAACUGACACAACUAAAGAGCCUGUGAUAUCUUCGCUGCCCGGCUGUAGGCUUGGUUUUCCUUCCCUCCAUGGAGCACAAUCAGGCCACACUUGCACCUUUAGUGACCAUCUGAUGUGAGAAAGUGACUCCGGACCCGACCUUUGCCUGCAUGACUACGGCUCUGUGGAGAAACACUGCUCCUCCUCUGCAGAUUGUAACAUCUCGAGGUGACAUAUUUAUGUGUAUGUUUGUGUGAGUGUGUGUAGGGGUGCAGCUACAGGGGAAUAAGUCAGGUAUAAUUUCACAUGACCUAUGCCAGCUUUAAACAUCCUUCAUUUAUCCCUUUCAUAUCAGUGAAGAGAUACGGGUCCCGUAUUUUAUUUAAGCCAAAUUCUGUCAAAAUCUCUCUUAAAGAGUCACUGGAGUUCAUUUCUCUCUAAAACUGGCAACAUAAUGGUUUGCCUGCAUGUAACAUCGAAUUUAAAACAUUUGUGACUCAGCUGUAGAUCGCACAGGUACAAAUAUGUAUACACUUAUGCUUUCUUAUCAAUUUCAAGUGUUAUGAUGUAGAUAGAGACACUUGAACGCACAGUUUAAAUCAACAUCUGGUAUUACGGUAAACACACGCAGAAAUGAUCAGAAUUACUUUAAAAUAAUGUCAACUUCAUUACUAAUCCUUUUGUUGCGUACGCGCAUACUGUACAUAAACUGUAGCAUUCAUAAUGUGACAAAUAGGGUUAUCCAUAUAGCUAUUCAGUUUGUGUCACUGUGACAGGCUUUGGGGGACAUAUUUCAACAUCUAUGUUAAUCGAGCCAUUCUGUGUAUUACAUUUGAUAAUUAGCUAUAUAAUAGAAAUCCAAAUACUGGAUCAAAGACUCAACAGAAAUGAUACAUGUUUUUAUUUUUAAAUAUCUAUAUUAAAGGUGCUUGCAUACAGUGGACCAGCCUUUCUAAUUACAUGUUUUUCUACAACAGUGGCAAACAGAAGGAUGUGUAAUUAUUGACCUACAGUGAGUUGAAGGUCCGCCCAUUCUCACAGUUUCGCAUCCUUAUGACCUUAAACCUUAAACAGGAAGGGUGACGCUUGGCAACAACAUAAAGAUAAUACUCUGAAUAUGCGGUAUAUUUAUUCCAACAUUGUUAGUCGGAUCAGCAAACUCCAACAGGUAGAAAAACAUUGAUUAUUUAAUCCAUUAUUUAUGGUGACUUAAAUGUAAAAUACAGAUUCCAUAAGAUUAUUCUCCCAUUUGGAAGAUUACUGUUUAGUGGUCUCACUAUCCAACAUUACAGAAUACAAUACGCAACUGUGACUAUACAUGAUGAGGUUGAAGGCAUAUCUGUUAAGGUUAAACAUUAAUGUCUAAUGAGGAAACAGGAACCCACUGUCCUCCCGGCCCACCUGCCCCCCGUCUUCUCAUGUUGGUUUUCAUCCAGUGUCCUUUUGUCUUUUAAUGGUGUCCUAUGUGUGUUUCUGUCAUAUGAUCCGUACGUUUUGUAGUGGGCUUUUGGAACGCGUGGCGGAUCAAAGAGGGGGAAUGUUAUCCACUGAGUGAAGCUGGGAGUAGAGUGGAUGCCAUUUUAUAAUUGUACCUAAUCCUAAUGAGCGCUGGAAACAGAAACCGAAGAAGAGGUUCAUUUUGUUGCUAACAUUCCUUCCACUCUUGGUUAGC